AUGAUGCUUAGUCAGGACGAGGUUUUUGGGUCUUGUGUAUCACCAAGUUCGGUUAUGAAGGGAGAUCCGUUUCUGGCCGAUAUAAGUUCGUCACCAGAUAUCGACGACGCUUUUUUAGCUUCGUUUGAAAAUGACGAAAGGGACUGGUUGAAAGACGAUUUUCCAUUAAAUAAUGGUGAGUUGUACACUGAAGUUGAGACACGCAUCAGUGGUCCUUUUUACAACUGUGGUUGUUUUUCGAGUGAAUCUUAUGUGGAACUCUCUGCAGGUAUUAAACAGACAUUACCUGGUGAUGAGAUCGGUCUGACAUCUAAUUCACUUACAACAGGGAUUAACCACUUGGAAGAAAAACCUUUUAAUUGUAACGAGCUGUGCUCACUCGAUCUGCCAAAGGAUGUAGUGAAUAACUCACGUGUUUCUACAACACCGUCGAAGCAGGACAGUAAACGAAAUUUCACGUUUGAUCCUGGAAGACCUAUUAAGAAGUUUGACCUUAGUGAGGAAAUCAAGAAAUUCAACUCUAUUCGAGACAUCAAGAAGGAGCUUAGCCCAGGCCCUCCUCCUGCAAAACAGGCGAAACGUGGGCGUCCAAUGAAAAUUACGAGCCGUUCGAAGCAGGCGCUUUACGCCCGAGCAUAUCGUUACAAGAACAAAAUGGCAUUGUGGAGUUAUGAGAAGAUGGUUGCUGAGCAGAAUGAAGAGAUUAAAGAACUUGUGAAACAGAAUAAGGAGAUGAGUGAGAGGUUGGCGAUCAUGACACGUCAAUUUGCGCAGAUGAAGCGACUUAUAGCUGCAUAUCCUUCUAUAGCAGCAAAAUUUCAAGAGUUGACUGAUAGUGCGGUUUAG